UUUUGUCUCUCUUCUCUCUCACUUAGAAUUGUUUGAAAUAUGAUGAAAUUCUUGCUGAUAACAUUAUUCUCCCCUUAUUGUAUGUUCCACUCUUUGGGUGGUGAUUCCUUAGUGGAUGUUAAUUAAUAUAGAACCGUAAUAAUUUGUUUAUUGUAAUAUCAGUUUCUGAAUCGAUUGAGGGACACUUGUAUUCAAAUUUUUUAUGCAUAGUUACCAACAUUUUUUAUUCGAAUGGGACCGAGAUGGAAAGGGAAAGAUGCAAAAGCCAAAGAAGAUUCAGAAGCUGAAGCACAGAAAGAGCCCAUGUCAAAGAUGAUAUCUCAGCUUCAGUCUUCUCUAAUUCAAUCAGAUGCUACUGUAUUUCUCUCUGGUAACAUUGUCCGGGUUGCAGUUGAAGCAGAACAAACAGAUCUCUUUGUUAAAGCGUGCUUUGGUCAACCAGUGAGCACAGUUGAGAAGGACAAAAAGUGGUUUCAGUUAGGUUUGGAAGAAGCCUUUUACCUUUGUUAUUCACUGAAAUGCAUUAAAAUUAACGGCAGUGAUAGCUGCUCCCAAGAUGAUGAAGAGCUAUGUCAUUGCAUGAAAUCCAGGAAAAAAGCAUUCUCUUUUUUCUACAAAGGUUAUUCUCACCUUCGAUUGAAAAAUUGGGUAGUGAGGCCUGGAGCUCAGUAUGGUGUGGACUUUGUUGUCUAUCGCCAUCAUCCAGCUCUGGUCCAUUUUGAGUGUGGGGAACUUGUUUUAUCAGGUGGGGAUGAUAAUGACUGUAAUGGAAGAUUGAGAGAGUGGUCUGAUUUUCACUGCACAACCUGACUGCUUGGCAGUGUUGCAAAAUCUUGUUGGUUCUGUACAUCUGUAAAAAUGGUAUUAAUGAUGACCCACCUUCAUGCUUGGCAAAAUAUACGGUAGAAGAACGCACAAUCACUAGAUGGAGCCCUCAACAAUGCCAUGAAGGAUGAAGGCUGUGUAAGCAUAUAUAUGUUAUAGAAACAGAUAAGAUGUGCUGUAUACAUACAUACAACAACAAUAAAGUUUUAUCCCACUAAAUAGAGUCAGCUACAUGGAUCGCAUCACGCUAUUAAGCUCUAUCCAUAGCCAAAUUUUUGGAUAUAUUGUUAAUUAAAAGAUCUCACUUACUCAGUGACUUCAUUAAGUGUUGUCUUUGACCUUCCUUUACUCUUUUUUAGAAGACCCUAUACCGUUUGAUCAACUCUUCUCACCGGCAUAUCCAAAGGCCUUCUUUGCAAGUAACCAAAUUAUCUCAAACGGUUUUGCUGCCAUUUUCUCAUCAAUACUAGCCACUUCAACUUUUCCACAUAUAUGUUUAUUACGAAUCUUAUCUUUUUUUGUAUGACUACACAUUCAUCUCAAUAUUUUCAUCUCGGCUAUUGUCACUUUAUGUUUAUUAAUAAUUGUUUAAGCCAAUUAUAUGAAAAAAGUUAUAUAUGUGGUCUAUUUUUGAGCAUAUCUUGGCACAUUCAACCAAAAAUUUUAUGUAGAGAGGGAUGGUAGUUGCUGAUGAUUUUGAAUUGCCAAGCUCAAUCUGUGAUAAAACUUGACCUGAUCCCUCUGUUGUGUGUUGGAGCAGUAGGUGCUGAUGUGCUGUGAUCAGAAUUCAGGUUUUAGGUGGGCCCCACCCAGCCUCAGGUAGAGCUGUUACUAAGGGUUGGUCCAGCUCUAAAGGGCUGGCCCUUGAAAGAGCUGGCUUUUUAGAGCCCGUAUACUAUAAAAUUAUCAUAUUAUCAAGGUCUAUCCUCAAAUGGAAGAAAUGAGGACACAAGUCUGGAACCUAAGGGUAGGUAGCUGCAAAAACGGAAUCGAAGAAGGGGGAGACUACAAUUAGUGUUCUAUUGGCUGCUCUUUCUUUUAGUUUGAUUAUGGUUUUGAAUGUUGAACUGAUUUGUGUUGAACUGUGAUUAGAUACAGUCAGUGCUCAUCAAUGGAUUCCUUAGUGAGGAGACUCAAAACUUGUGCUUUGCUCAAAACUACUUCAAUCUCGUUCAAGCCUUUAUGCCAGCAGAUAUCUAGACCUCCAAGCAUUCCUUUAAUCCUGUUAUAGUGUGUAGUUGGUUCUUUGGCUUAUAGCAGUACCCUAUCAAACAUUUGCCACCAUUUUCUUUUUUCAGACCUCCACAUGUACUUGUCCGUUGUUGUUCUUUGGUCCUGAAACCAGCAGCUUGAAUUUUGCAUUCUGAACUGUCUGUU